CUCUCUGCACUGCUGGUUCUGACUCACAGGAAUGACCAUCCCAUCCUGUUAAAGGGGAACUAAGCCAAUGUGUUAUUUAUCCCACAAUCCCGAGAGUCAUUAGGAAGCAAUGGGAAUAUCUGGGAGUGCAGGUGGGGGUUAGACUUUGCCUUUGGGUUUAAACAUUAAUUGGCCGCUGCCCGGGCUCCUCUGGGCGACUCGCAGGCACACCGCUAUGGCUGAUUUUGCAGAAAUCCUAAAAAAUGUGGGUGAAUUUGGAAGAUUCCAGAAACAGUUGGUGGUGGUUCUGUCCCUGCUGAGCUUCCUCAACGCCUUCCACAUGUUCAGCCAAGUGUUCAUGGAGAUCCCCGUGCCCCACCGCUGCGACAGCCGCUGGAUCCUUCUCAUUAACCCUAACCUGACCGAGGCGGAGCGGCUGAACUACACCAUCCCCAGGGACGGGCGGGGGCAGUACGAGCAGUGCCUCAUGUACUCGCCGGUGCAGUGGGACAUGGAGUCCAUUGAGAAGUUUGGGCUGAACAGCACCGGCCCGUGCCAGGAUGGGUGGGAGUACGACACGUCGGAGCAGAAAUCCACUCUGGUCACUCAGUUUGACCUGGUGUGCCACAGGAGGGAGCAGACGGGCAUCUCCCAGUCCGUAUACAUGUCGGGGCUGCUGAUUGGGGCGCUGCUGUUUGGGCCUUUGGGCGACAGGAUCGGCCGGCGCCCGGUUAUAUUGCUGUCGAUGCUCCUGCAGUUGGUCUUUGGGCUCUCGGCGGCGUUCGCCCCCCAUUUCUACGUUUACACGGCCUUUCGCUGGGUCGUCGGAACCUCCAUGUCUGGGCUCAUGAUAAACAACCUCGUUCUAGGUGCUGAAUGGGUGGGCUCGUCGCGGCGGGCUUGCGCUACCAUUACAGCCCACGUCUGCUUUGCGGUCGGACUCAUGGCUCUGGCCGGGGUGUCUUAUGGGAUUCGCAACUGGCGGCUCCUGCAAAUAGUGAGCUCCGCCCCCACCGCCCUGCUCUUUUUCUACAUCUGGGUCCUGCCCGAGUCUGCCCGGUGGCUUCUCACAAAAGGAAAGAAAGAAAAAGCCGUAAAACUUCUCAAAAAAGCUGCAGCGAUGAAUAAAAAGGAAAUCCCAGAGGAUCUCCUGUUCCAGUUCAAUGAAGAGAAAAGCCCUAAAUCUGGAAACAUGAUAGACCUCUUCCGGAACAAGACCCUCAGAAAGCUGACACUGGUCAUGUGUUUGGUAUGGUUUGUGAAUAGCCUCGUCUAUUACGGCUUGAGCCUGAACGUGGGCAGUUUUGGGCUGGAUAUCUACCUCACUCAGCUGGUUUUUGGAGCUGUGGAAAUCCCCGCCCGUAUCGGCGCCAUGUUCGCGGUGCAGCUGUUCGGAAGGAAGCCGAGUCAGAUGUUCUGUUUGUUCCUGGGUGGAACCGUUUGCCUGAUCAUUACCGCGAUACCGAGGAACUUGCCCAUUGCCAUCACCAUUUUGGCAGUGAUUGGGAAAUUCUCCAUUGCUUCUUCCUUUUCCAUUUGUUAUAUCUACGCAGCGGAGGUUUUCCCCACCGUCAUACGGCAGAAUGGAGUGGGCCUGGCCUCCAUGGCGGCACGGGUAGCUGGCAUCACUGCCCCCCUUAUCAGCCUUCUGGAUAAAUACCACGCGGCGAUACCCAUGGCAAUCUAUGGGAGUGGGCCCAUUAUCGGGGGCAUCCUCUGCUUCCUACUGCCAGAAACACGCAACAAGGACCUUCAGGAUCACACGCAACAGGACGAACCAAUAAAGAGCUCUAACACCCUGCCGGGGGAGCGCCUCAUAAACGGAGUGGAUCACAAGCCGGAGAGGGACCCCAUUGCACCCAAGAGCACCCGCCUGUGAGACCAAUCAGAUGGAACUUGCCGAUUACUUUACGGGAAUAUGAAAUAUUUAUUUUGUUAGCGGUUUCCCUGUAUAAAUGCUGAAUCUGCUCCCCGGCGGCUCCGCCAGGAUCCAACAUGGAGGCCCAACUCAUACACGGCCCCUGCAAUUCCUCCGUGGGAAACCCCUAGGGCCUGCGCUGUGGGUACAUAUAUUUCUGUACAAUUUGGGGGAGGCAGGGGGUGAAUAGGGAGUUUACAGAUAGACCCCUAUUCCUGCCCCCCCCCCCCCGGCUGCGACUCCCAAUGGGCUGAUGUUCUGACCAGAUCAGUGGAGAAGUUCUAGAACAUUCCUUUUCUUCUAAAGAGAUUCUGUUGGGUCAGAAAACAAAUACAUCUCUGUUUCAAGGAAACGUUCCGGCCUUUUGCCUACACCCCUGAUUGGCCUCUGCUCACCAUGUGAUACGGGUUAUACAGUGACCCCCACUCAUGUUUAUAACAAUAAAAUCAAUAAAAUGUCUAUUUCCA